UUGUGACUGUUUUUACUUAACUGGUCACUGAAACCUCGACAAGCAUGGAGAUCAGGUUGGAAGUUUUGACCUCAACCACCAUCAAGCAGAAGAGGCCCUGGCCCCGCGUCUCCUGGUUGGGCCAGGAAAACGAAGCCGUUUUUCUUUUGGAUGAUAAACUCAUACAUGAAAUUAAUUUGCUGUCGGGAAGGACAAAGAAGAAAAUCCCUCGCCUGCAGCCUUUCUUGAAGCAUCUUGUGGUCCUCACAACGUCCAGUAAUGAUGCCUGGCUGGCUGGGGUCCUUGCUACCGGGGAGCUUUUCCUUUGGAACAAAGAUCAAGAUUGUUUGAAAACUAUCCAGGCAGCUGAGAAGCCGAAGGAAAUGAUUAAGGCUACAGUAGCAAGCUCGUUGAGACUCUAUUUGUAUGUCUCUGGAGAUGGAAAAAGAGUUCUGAUUGUAACUCCCCCUGGAGGCAUAUUUCUUUGGGAAUAUUUGGAAUUCAGGAAUGUCUUGUCUUCUAAAAGCCCUUCAUUGAGGGGCCAGUGGUCCCAGAUCACUCCUGAAGACGCAGUGCGUUUGCCUUCCCCUGAAGAUAAAGAAGCUGUGGUGCAUGCUGUUUUCAUAAAAAAUGAGUUAUUGGGCGACUGCUGCCUGUGCGCAUUCACGUUUUAUGCUGGGGAGUGUUUGAGGUUGACAUGUCUAGCAAUUCGGUGGCAUGAGAAUGUGUUUCCACCUGUGAGAUCCUUGCCAUACCGUGUUCAUUGGGCACAGCAAGAUUGCCUCCUGGGCAGUCUGAGUCCUACGUGUGAACCGGUCAAGUCAAGAGGAGCUCUGAUUGCUGCCUUUUCAAGAGAUGGCCUUACCCUGGCAGUGACUCUGAAUCAGAAAGACCCGCAGGCAACUCAGGUAUUAUUUGUAAACACACUGAAUUUUGUUACUCUCUGUGGAAGCCUUAAAGGCUGUAGCAAUAAGAGCCCCAUGGUCCCUGCUACCCUUGUCAGGUCCUACUGGGUAGGCGACAUCAGCUGGACCCAUGACAGUCUCUUCCUGGCCUGUAUGUUAAAACGCGGCUCCCUGGUUUUGCUGACGUGCCACGGGGAAUUGCUAACACUGACCACGCGUGGCUGCUCAGUAGAAUUUGGGCCAGCUGAGUUUAUUCCUCUCCACCCGCGCAUUACAUACAGACCACCACAGAGCACCUUUCCAGAUUCAACUCGUUCCGUAGACUCGUCGGCGUCGGCCAGCGACCCGAUGCGACAGAGGUUUUCCGUGAAAACCCACUCCCGGCUGCCCUACCUCGUCGCUUCUGACGGCUACAUGGUCACGACCCUCCGGUUCCGCGAUAGCCUGUCUCCCGCGGCGCUGCUGCGGGCCCUGCUGCUGGACGCGGCGCAGCGGCUGGAGCAGGCGUACCGCCGCGUGGCGCCGUCUGAGCCACAAGGCAAAGGGCUGAACUUGCGAUCCCUGGGGUCCCUGAGGGCGAGCCUGUUAAAACGCCAAGGAAGCGAGCGGCCGGCGGCUUCUCCCGCCCCCGGAUUCUUACAGGAAGAAGAAACGAUGAAGUCGCAUGAAAGGACAGAUUGGCAGGAUUUUGAAGCAGAGGAAACUAACGAAAGCACAUACUUCCCAAACAACUUGCUCUCUUUUUGGAACAAAGAAAAUGACCCAUCGUUUAGUGGUGCCAAGGAGGGGAGAUUGGAGUUUGCGUCUAUGUUCGACACAAUACACGCAAAGGACCCUGCGGAGGAGACCGACGGAACCAUCGCAGAACUGCACUCGGUCCAGAAAAGCCUCCUCGCGGCCUGGACUAUCGGAGUUUCAAAAAACGUGACGGAAAGAAACGUGCUGCUAAACUACACAGUAGUUUGCAUUACUUAUUUUUUCUACGUUCUUCAGUUUAUCAAAUGUCCUUUCCCAACACUCGAUCUUUCCUUAAGCAAGAGACCCAGGCGUGACGCGUGGGUGCUCUGUGUCUUCCAACUCUUCCACCAGUGCUUGUCGGCCCAGCGCGGGGCCCCGCGGGAUUAAAACAAUGAAUGGGUUUAUCAGUGAGAUCAAGAAAGAAAUCAAAAACUUCCUGGUGCCCUAGCCAAUUUGACUCAGUGGAUAGAGUGUCAGCCUGCAGACUGCAGGGUCCGGUCAAGGGCACAUGCGCCGGAAGUCUCGGCGACAGCUGAUGGGAGUAGAACAGCCAGUCAGGACUCCCUGGUGGUUCCCGUGUUUCAAACAUUUCAAGAUAGUGCUUCCCGGGACGCCUGGCCUUGGAACGCGUCUUUCAAGACUCGCCCUCCGGUAGUAAACCUCGUUCGGCAGCCAGGACGCAGAUUGGUGUUUCUGUGGAGAGUCCUGUAUCAAAAGACUUUAUGGUAUCAGAGCCAGUUAAGUCGAAGAGUUCCUGAAGGUGACAGACCGUUACCUGCGAAGGCGGCCCAGGAAGCAGCUGCUGUCCGGUCCCUGUUAUGUCACAUCCAGGCGAACCUACAGGCGGCCGGGGCCUGCCUGAGCCAAACCUUAGAGCUCAAACCUAUCAGCGGUGAAGAGUGCUUCCUGUUCGGAUCCUAUGAAAAGGCGGUUGAGCUGUGGAGGAAAGCUCUGCAAGAAACCCAAGGGAACGGAGGAAGAAGGACCUGCUUUCUUCAGAUGCGCUAUUACCUGUCCCUUUUGUACUGCCACCUGUAUAGCUAUAAUUUAAACGAUGCCCAAGGAUUGUGCGAUCAGCUAGUGAGAGAACUGCUGAGAUGGUCCCACCUACCUGUAAGGGAAAAUGAAGAUAGUUCGGCUCCCGUGUGGGGACCGCCUGGGCCUGCCCACCCCGAGGCCGCAGUGAGGGUCGUCCAGUCCAUGGCCCGGUUCAUGGCCGCCUAUUUCACCAACCAUCGGCUCUGCAUUCUGCCCCCUCACUACGUGAACGUCCUGCCUCCCCUUCACAUUAAAACAGGGCCGGCCCCACGGUGCGUCCCCCUGCAGCACGCCGCCGUGGCCAGUGCGGUCCGGGAGCAGGGCCUCUCCCACGUGUGGACCGUGGACUACGCCCUGGAGCUGCUGCUGAUCGGCGGCCUGGUCCCGGAAGCCGUGUGGCUGGCCCGGGAGCUCGGGACCAGGCUCAAGAAAAAGCGCCAGAAUCUGCCGUUCAACAUGACUCCAGCACGGAUUUUCCAGGAGAAACUCCAGUGUCUGUUAGGUCAGCCGGCCUCUUCGGGAGCAAAAAGAGCAAUGGGCUCAAAAUACAAACAGUUUACAGAUCCCAUCGAAGAGGAGGACGCGCACCUGCUGCUGGGCUCCGUGCGGGGCGUGCUGAAGGCCGCGGCCAUGGCCGAGGCGGACGUGCUCUCCGAGACCUGGCGGCUUCUGAUGGGCUCCGCCAAGGACUUCAGCCGGAGGCUCUGGGGUCUGGUGCCCGGCGGCCUGUACCUCCCCGCUCCUCCGCUGUACUGUCCUCAGCCGGCUCUUCUCAGCGAAGAGGACGGUGACGAUCUUCUGUUACGAGCUGAGAAGGAGAACCGCCAGAAGGUGUCCGGGAUCCUGCAGCGCCUGCUCCUGCUCCUCCGGGCGGCGCGCUGCUCCUUCCCGGCCGCGCAGUGGUACCUCCUGCAGCUGAGGUGGGCCAGGAAGGUCAUGCAGAAGAUUCGAAUGAAAGGCUCCCUCCCGUCCCUGAGUCCCUUCCCUCCGUCGUUGCUUCACUACUGUGUGGGCGGCGUAGCCUUCUUCCGACCUGGAGCAACGGGAGACAACAAGCUGGAUGAGGUUUCCAUUAAAGCAAUAGGGUGCUUCCGAGAGCUGUGUGCGUUGUGCUGGAUGCUGCAUGUCCGCGAUAAGUUAUCCUCCAGUUGCAGGCAGUAUCAGAAAGCGAGAGAAAACAUGGAGGGAAAGAAGGACCUGGCAGUGGAGUUUGACUCCUGCGCGGUUGAGCACUGUCUCUGUGCGGUGGAGUGGGCUUGCCGAAUGCUGCCCUUCUCUCGGUUUUCUAACAUUGAAGAACUGAUUCAGGACCUCAUUUUGAGCCUUAUUGGAGAGCUGCCGCCGAUCAGGAAGGUAGCAGACAUGUUUGUGAAAGCAUUUCCCAAUCCUGAGGACAUCAGGGUUCCUUUAAGAGAAAAGUAUUACUCGCUCCGGCAAAGACUCGGCCACUGUGUCGUGAAAGGCCCCCACACCGAGGAAGCGAUGUCUGUUGUCAUGCGUUCCAUCCACAAAGUGAGGGUGAAGGCCCUCACACGCGUGCAGAGAAACAUAGGUCCCUUCGAGAGGCACGUCUGGGAGCCCGUGGAGGAGGACAAGCCCGCUGAAGGUCCCGGGUUCGAGGGGUGCUCCCUGGGGACGAGCCUGAGCAGGAGCACACUCACAGACCUGGGCACGCCCCCGGGCCACAGCGAGGCCGACUCGCUCUCGGAGGCUCGGUCGGCCGGAGGAAGGAGUGGGACGCAUUGCUAUCGCAGAAAGGCUCCACGUCACGUGGAAUCCACGCCGACUGCUGAGCCCGGUGCUGACAGGAGCAUGGCGGAGCCGAAAGGAGGCCCUACGGGAAGAGGGCAGGCACCGGUGCUGCAGAUCGCACCUCCUGUGAUCGGCGUCUGGGAGUUUGAACGCGAUGACGACGAGUACGUGAAGUUCCUGGACCUCUUCCUGAGUUACGUCCUGGAGCGAGACCUGCGUGGUAGCGAGGACCCGGGCCUCCCGUUGCUGACGAGCUUCUCGGGGCACCUUAGAGAACAGGAACUCAACCCUCUGCUCUCGGGCCUGCACCCAGCAUUGCACCGCCCGGGCCAAGCCAGGGGCCAGGGCGUGUUCCGAGCGGGCUCCUGCUUCGCGGUCGCCCUGCAGCCUGAGGACCCCGAAGGCCCGGUGCCUCCAGCCCCAGGGCUGGCCGCCGGGACCAGGCCUCCUCCAGAGAACCCCCCCAGUGAUUUUAAUGAAAGUGGGGGGAGGAGCGGCUUGUUCGGCCUAAAGCAGAAGGCACUCUACAGGACACAGGGGGACGGGGCAGAGAAGCCUUGCGUCCUGAGGGUGUCGAGCCGGAGUCCGUGGGCUCCUGAGGGCAGUCGCAGGGGAAGGUGCAUGUUCAGAGCGAUCGGGGGCAGUGACACGGACCCCCUGGCCGAGCUCCCUCCUGCGCUGGGUGCAGCGGGCGGCAUGGGGCUGCGGGGGCUGCUGGAGUGGAUGCUGCGGUGGGCCGCCUGCAGGCUGCCCUGCGACCCCAGCCUCCCGGCGCCAGCCCAGGCCCGGCCUGUCCUCCGGGUGAGAACCUCUGUGGCUGCCAUUCUGACAUCACUGUGGCUCUUGGAACAGCCCUACGCUACUGCGUACAAGGCCAGGAGUGCCGUUAGGGAGGUAAGUGGGUCUCUGCUGGGGCCCCCCAGUGAGGAUGCCUCACAAGGGAGCCCCGGCUGCUCGGUGGCAGGGUCCGGGCCAGCGGGGCCUGACGGAGGGGAUGGCCACGGUGAACCUCGCCGGAGCGUCUUGACAAUGCCAACUGAAGCCCGAACCCCUGAAAUAAAGGAAACCAAUGAGGAGAGUAUUUCUGUCACUGAUGACACCGAUAAACAGGUGGUAGACAUCAUCGAUGAGGAUCUUUUAAGAGGAGACACAUUUACACUGGAGGAACUGGAGACACUCCCACCAGACCAUGAAGAAGACGCCAAAGGACCUGUGGGAAGCCCCGAGAGUCCCCACAUCGCCGCUCACACACAGACGUCACCGCGGCUGUUAGAACAUUCCACAGGCGCGGCUCCAUGUCCACGGCGGGAACCAGUGGAGGAAUGUGUGGAGGAGAAGCCAGCGGCACAGAAUGGUGCACAGACCCCUGCAUGUAAAGAGAAAUCAUCUCCAGAUCCGCCCGUGGUGCCCAAUGGAGUCAGCGUUGCUUCACAAACCCUGGUGCCCACCCCCCCGCCGGCCCUGCGCGGCCAGCCCCGGGCGCGGCGGCCAGACUCUCCCGGUUCUGUUAGGCAGAUGCUCCAGGACGAGGUGUUCAAGUUAGUCCAGCUGCAACAGAUCAACUUCCUGACUCUGAUGCAAAUAGCUGGGUCGUCCCUUCCCAGCCGCCCGGACACACAUGCAGGGGCACAGCAGCCGCUGUCCGCGCAAAGGGCUCUGCGGGUCCCCCCCAGAGGUCUAGAGGACAGGGCGGAGGCUGGCCUGACAGACAUCCCGAAGCACUUGAACUUGGAUCAGUACGUUGGGCAGGACAGCGCGACACCUCAGCAGGACUCUUCGGCAGUUCCAAAGCCGGAAGGAGUGUUUGACCUUAGGCCGGGGCCCCUCGAGUCCUCUCCUCAUUAUGCCUUCGGAUUCCCGUUACUGCACCUGCAGCCCGAACCCGCUUUUACGUUUUUCUCCGUCGCAAGAGCUCCGGUGGCGGCUCCCUCCGCACCUGCCAGAGCCGCCGCGGGAGCGGGGACGCACCCCGGGUUUUCCUUCCUCCGCUCCUGCCCGUCGCAGGAAAACGCGUACAGAACCCCUCAGCUUACUCUGAUUGGAAACCUCAUUGCGUCUAAGCAAAGCCAACAGAGACCACCCCCCGAUUUCCUGGAACAAGGCGAUCCUGGGCACCUGCAGCUUGGCAAGGACAAAGGGGACCCUCCUGAAGUGAGGCCAGGAAAGGGCGGCAAGAAAAGGCAAAAGCGACGAGCUGAGAAAGAGCUGCAAGAAAACAGCUCCGAGCAGCAAAGGAGAAAACCUAGUGUGGCCGUGCACCCAGGCGCUGCUGUCCUUCCUGACCAUGACUCAGGGGCAGCUGGGAGAGCAGAGGAGCAGCGAGAGCAUCGUGGUUCCCAGACGUUGGAUGCCUUCGAAAUCCCUCUGGAAACGCUCCACGAUGACGUCACUACCUCCGCUGGGCUGCAUUUCCUGGCCUCGGUGAGAAAGGAAGCUGUGGAACGUCAGGAUGCAAGCACAAACACAGACCCAGAUAAAGAAGCUGCUUCCCAAGUGGUUUCUGAAUGUCGGAAAAAUCAACAAGCCUUCUCCUCCACAUCAGAACGUGAACCUUUGCCUGUCCCUCGGCCGUUGGCCCCAGAUGUGUUUCUGAACCUCAGGCUUCCCUCCGAAAGAGCAGAGAAGCCUCUGGCACCUUCGGCACCGGACACGGUUGGACACACGUACCUGAAUGUGAUUGACAUUGAAGCUGGCGACCUGCAGGAAGCGCCUGUCGGAGAGCCUUCCGAUGAGGACAUGCUCCUGCAGGCCGAAGGCCCGUCCUCUGCCGCGUUACAUCACCUGGCCGCGGCCGUGACCAGCGCUGCUCCCCUGCGCAGGGGGAAGAGUCAAGGACCUGCCAGUUCUGCGGUGGACUUCCCUCUCACUCCUGCAGAGGUGUCGCCAUCCUGUGUGGAGGGGGGAAGCUGGAGAGCAGGCGCUGCCCAAGCGGAGGAGCCGGGGGUCCCCUCCCCUCCAUCGUCAGUCAGAGAGGACAGAGGUGAGGGCCUCCGACGACAGCAGGAGCUGCCCCUUCCACUCCCUGCCCUGGGGGAGACCAGCACUAAACCCUGGCAAUUGCAGAACGAACCAGAAGGCGACCUCUCCCUUGCCCAGGAGAUGGGCACAGACGUGUCGAAGCCAGCUUUCCAGUUCAAAGAAGAGAGCUCGCAGCUGGAUGCUGCAGAAGGGGGCGGGCUGCGGGAUUACCUGCUGCGGGAGCUGCUGCAGGGCGCCUCCGCUCCUGGCCCCGCGCCCAGCCCGCACCCGCAUCCCCGGCUGCAGCGCCUCAGCUCUCAGCUCCGGAAAAUUGACGCGCAGCUGCAGGCGAUACAGAGCAUCGCCGACCGCAUCGAGCAGGACUUCCCCGAGCACGAGCACCGGACGGUGGGCCCGGUGGGGGGCCGGCACUGCAAGGAGGUUGAAUCUGUGGAUGACAUUGAAUUGUCGUCUGGCCCUGAAUCUGAAAAAACACUGGCUUCAAAAGCCAUUACCAUCUCCAAAGAAGACUCUGGAUUAGUGCAUUUCCUGACUCAUAUGAAUGAGGAAGAUCAAAGUGACAAAGAACAGACUUUUGAAGAUGAAUUUUCAGUAACAGAAACGCAUUCUCAUCCGAAAACGUGUGUGUUUCCUUCUGCCGAUUCAGCCCUCAGCCUCUCCAGUGACCAGAAUGGGAGUUUUCCUGGUGUGAAUAACCAUGAUGAGUUAUUUGAGAGCGUUUCAGCAGAGCCACUCCAGAUGACUGGGCUGACCGACAUCGCAGACAUCAUUGAUGACCUUAUCGCCAAAGACGGAGUCUCCAGCGGAGAGCUGGGCUUAACAGGACGACAAGCCAGGGGCAUCUCCAGGAUUCAGCGAUCUUCCGGUAGCCGACCUGGAAGAUCUGCCAAGGAGAGAAGAGAGAUUCAAGUCUGGAUGAGAAGAAAGCGGAGAGAGAGGAUGGCGGAGUACCUACACGAGCUGGCGGAGAGGAGGGGGCAAGAGCACGACCCCUUCUGCCCCAGGAGCAACGCGUUUUACAUGACUUCAAGGGAAAUCAGGCUGAGUCAAAAGAUGAAGCAUGAAAAAGACAGAUUGCUACUCUGUGACCACUACAGUCGUCGAAUUUCACAAGCGUACAGUCUGAUGAAUGAACUGCUGUCUGAAUCAGUACAGGUACCAGCACAGACGCCAUCGCCCGGCAAGCCCAGGACUGCUCACACUUGCAGGCUGCAAAGCUCCCUUUCGCCAAGAAGAGAGACCCGAUAUGGUCACAACUUUCCAGUAAAUCGACCUGGAAAAGUCAGAAAUAUACCCAAACCAAGUUAUAUCCCAAAAGGGAAAUCUUUUGGGCAACCUCAGGGCUCACCUUGGCCACAUGGAACUAUCACUUUUACCCAGAAAAAAGCUUGUGGAGCCAGAGGGGCACGGAGAAAGGCUGUGCACUCUCCAGUCACCUUCCGAAAAGGCUCAACUGCUCCCUGUCUACAGCAUUCAGAACAGCACGGGAGUGCUGGGCUUGGCCCUCACACCGAGCAGGUGUGUGCAGAGGACGAGAGAGAAGAGACGGUGGUGAGUCCCUGGCUGGUGCCCUCAGACAUCCGCAGGAUUCUUCAUGGAAGUCACAGUUCCCUUCUACAGGACUUGUCACCAACUGAAGAAGAGCCAGCGUCCCCUACUGGAGAGAGUGGCAUGGACAGUGUGUCUGAGAGCACUGGCAGCAUCCUCAGUAAGCUCGACUGGAAUGCCAUCGAAGACAUGGUUGCCAACGUGGAAGACAAGAGCCUGUCCGUCCACUGGGCCCUGGAUCUGUAAGGCCUACACGCAUUCUGUCUCCAGGGCCAGCAGCGCAGUGGUGUGGGCUGGAGGGAGGGAAGCAAUGCAGAAAGUGACGUGAAUUAACUACCUGCAGCCAGAUCUUACCUGGACAAGUCAUUUCAAGGAGGAAAAUAAACAUUUCUCAAUAAUUUUGCCUUCAUGGAAAAGGGAUCUUUAAUUAUAGAUGUAUUAUAUGUUUUUGCAUUUGACUUAUGUAAUUUUUUAAAUGAUAAAAUAAAAUUCACCUUUCAAGCCGA